AUGCUUCAUCAUAGCAGUAAACAAUCGGACAGUGCCACUACCGAUUCAAGUCCUGUGAUUCUGAUCGGAAAUAAUGAUCAUCAUCAUCAUCAACAUCAUCAUCAUGGUAAUGGAAGGACGAAUGAUAUUGAAAUGAUUGAAAUGAAUCGCCAAUAUAAUACCAGUACAACUAAUGAUCAUAGCCAUAAUAAUAAUAAUAAUGAUAAUCAUCAUCAUAAUAUUGUACAAAUUACAACAAAUUGUGAUGGUCAUGAUCAAAUUGAUUAUGACUCGGUUGAUGAAGAGCUCAAAGGGAAUUCAGACGAUCCUACAAAUAAUAUUAUUGCGAAUACAACUCUCACACUAUAUCAGGCAUGGAUCGGAAAUAACACUCUCUGUUGUAAAGGGAGAGUCAUUAUUGGACCUGAUAGAAAAUUAUUUAUUCUAACGUUAAUUUUAAUGUUUAUUCCUGCCAUUAUUUAUGCUCCUGUGAUUAUGCCACAUUAUUUACUUUUUGUACAUCCAGCUGCGGGUGUUAUUCUUUUAAUUGUGCCUCUUAUUGGAUUUCUUUUAAUGCUAAUUGGACUAUUUUAUACAAGUUUUACAGAUCCUGGAAUUAUUCCUCGAAGAAAAUAUAUCGAUCAGCAAUUUGCACAGACUGGAGAAGAGAAAACAGAUGACAGAAAGCCAGAACCUCCUCAAUUUCAAAAGGUGCAUCUUGAGAACGGACAAAUUGUAGAAUUAAAAUAUUGUCCAUCCUGUGAAAUUUAUAGACCUCCUCGGACGUCACAUUGUAGAAGAUGUAACAAUUGUGUUGAAAGAUUUGAUCACCAUUGUCCAUGGACGGGUACAUGCAUUGGGAGAAGAAAUUAUAGAUCUUUUAUUUUAUUUAUUUUCAGUACAACCAUCACGUCUUGGCUUGUGAUAUUUAUCUGUAUUGCACAUACAGUAUUGGUUUGGAUUUACUAUUUUAACAUAAAUACUGACACAAUUCAGGAUAAGGUGUCGAAUUCCAUUCGAUACUCUGUUGGUGGGCUAGUAUUGAUAGUUUAUAUCUUCCUUACUCAGUUGUUUGUGGGGUCCUUGAGCGUGUUUCAUUCAUACCUAAUUUCCACUGGCCAGACAACUUAUGAAUACGUCAACAAAGCUAAGAAAAUGUACAAUCGAGGACUUUUCAGAAAUUGGUUUUUCACUCUUUGUGUCAUUACAGAAUGCAGGCGAAGUAAAAUGAUGAUGAGACACACAUUACCAAUUCCAAAACAUGUUACCGAAGAGCUCAACAAUUAA